AUGAGCAGAGGGAAGAAGCAUAUCACACUGCCUUCUUCAGACAAUAAUUAUGGAGAGGCAAGUGUUUGUGAUGAUAAGAAGAAGAUCAUUCGUAGGGAAACUGAAAGGAAAAGAAGGCUGGAAAUGACCUCCCUUUGUGAAUCACUACGAUCGCUGCUACCUUUUGAGCUCAUCCAGGGAAAGCGUUCAGUGUCUGAUCACAUCGGGGAGGCUGCAAAUUAUAUUAAAAGUUUGCAGGAGAAAACCCAAGAACUCCAAAUUAAGAGAGAUAAGCUCAAACAAAAGGCUAAUCCAAGUUUGCUUGGUGCGGAAAUAGACGAAAGUUCAAGUAGCCAUGCAAAUAUGGUUAAGUAUGUCAACAUUUCGCCUUCUCCAGCUGGCGUGGAAAUUUCUGUAGACAGUGGCUUGGAGGAAAGCAGCUUUCCACUAUCACUCUUGCUGGAAAUAUUGAUGCAAGAAGGAUGUAAUGUUGUGAGCUGUGUGACCACCCCAGUGAAUGGGAGGCUAUACCACUCUAUUAAAUCUGAGGUGGAUAACUUGGAAAGCCUUGAUAUAGCUGGUCUGGAAAAGAAACUGAAUGGCGCAAUCUUCUGGUCGAGGUAUAACUAG